AGUUGUAACCGCGGUCGCCAUGCCAUGCGGUUGUUCCGUGAUUGACAAUUUCGUUCCUGAAUGUGUCGUUGAAAAAGUGUUUGUGAAAUUAUUAUCUUUGUUUCAAAAAGAAAAAUUUACGGGGUGAUAGUGUCGAAAAAGUGAGUGCAUAAUUACUAUGAAGCGACAAGUGACUUUUUUUUGAGAAUUAAAACGUCGAGUCUUCACCCUGUCGGUUAUAUUGUUAGAGGUUGGAUAUAGCAGCUACAAUUUGAAUUUGACUAUGUAUUCAACAUAUAAACAGAAAAAGAAGCUUUCUGUUGCAGGUGAUAUUAAAGAACAUGCGUCACUUUCGCCGAGUCGUGGUUGGCGAAAAAAGGGGCAACUUGUAAAAACAGGUAAGGAUAAAGAUAAGACAAUGACAAUCAACGAAGGAAAUCCUGUGCCGACCGCAACCUUUUCUUCAGAAUCGAUGACCACUUCCACCGGAAGCUUGGAUGAUGUUUCCACAACGACGUCACAACUUUCACCUUUUUCAUCAACGUCCCUUAUAGGAGAUUGUGUUUACAGAGGCGAGGGAAAUGCGAAUAUCGUAGUUGCACUUCCACAAGAACAGAAAGUAAUUCGAUUUCGGAAAUCGCUGCCAGAUGGUGUUCCACCGGAUGGCGGCAAACAACGAACAGAACGACAAGUGGAAUUCGUGAGGUUUGUGGCUUCCUGCUUUUUGGGCCCGUACACACAAGUCCCUGAGAUUCUUCGUUACGAUGCGAAAGACAUUGCUAAACUUUCAGAAGCUAUUCGACCUCUACGAUCAGAUAAACGACGUAAUAAGGAAAUCAUGGACAUAUAUGCCACAACAUUCCCGGAUUACACGUUUCUUCCAAUAAAAUUCGAUACUAAUCUCUUUCCAACUAACAGAACAUUUUGUGUUGAAAUUAAACCAAAACAGGGCUAUCUGCAAGAUAUUGAUCGGAAAUUUCAAAAAUGUCCUUACUGUCUAACACAAUAUUAUAAGUUAAGGAACAAGAUGAUUACAUGCCGUAGCACUUAUUGUCCAUUUGAUCUCUUCUCGGGAGUGGAAACUCGUAUGAAAUCGGCACUAAAAGCACUACUAACAUCACCACAGAAUAAUCUCAAGAUUUUUAAGGAUGGCGUUAUAGUUUAUGACCAAGAAUCAACUUGCAGUGAUCUUGAAUGUGUCUUGACGGAAUGGUUUCGCAAUUCUAUUAAUUUUACAAAUAUAGAAUACAUUGAUAACUUUUGUAAUUUAAUUUGCGCUGCUCUUUUACGUCCGUUUAUUUCGGAAGAAUUUAAGUUUAAUAUAUUUCCUACGCAUGAAUUGCGCACAUCUGUUAUCGAACAAGAUUCGAAGACACCCUCAUACAUUAAUCCAGAUCUGAUAGCAAGAGCUAAGGAAUAUUUGUAUUUUACUGAAGAGACGUGCAACUUAAAGGGGGAAAUAUUACCAAAUAAUUCGGUACUAGAACGAAUACUUCAUAUGCAGCGACUACCUUUUAUUAGCUCAGAAUACGUUUAUAAUACGUAUUCAAAGUUUCGUUCAUGCCUAACUGAUGAUAUUAUAUAUUCUAAUUUAAUAAACAUGUUCAAACUUGAUGAUCGAAUAUCUUAUCCCAAACAAAAGAAAACUAUUAUAGGUAUUCCUGACACAUUAAGAGACACUUACAUACAAACAUAUGCCAAAGAUACUUCGAUUUCAAAAAAAUCCAAGUUUGACCACGACGAUUAUUGUGGCAACAAACGUAUUAAUAAACCUAGUGAAAAUAUCUCUAUAUCGAAAUCAAUCUUAAUUCCAACUGAAAAACAUAAUUUAUGGCACAAUAAAUUUAGUGUAUUAAGUAACGGAGAUAAAGUACACUGCAACGAAAAAGAAACAUAUUUUUAUGUAAAUACUGAAAGUAUACUAUGCCUGCAGAAUUAUCUCUUAUUUUCAUGUGCUAGAGAUUGUUCGAUAUUGAUGUCAUUUCGAGAAAUAAAUCCGAAUACAGUAUCGCCUACUCUCGAUAAAAAUAUAGUACAACUUCCGGAAGGACUCAGCUUUGUUUGUAACAUCAGGAUUUCUGACAUAGAUCCGAAAAGUCUACAUUGCAUUGAAAAACACCGGCAACGGGACAUCGAUGUUUUAAAUUCAGUAAUAUCCUUUCUAGAAGAAGAAUUUAUAAUUAAACAUCAAAAGUCGUUUGAGAAACGAUUACCGUAACAAUAAUUUUCAACUAUAAGUAAGACUUUACUGUGUAACGUUCCUGUAUCUCAUAUCUUUUAAAAAUAUAGAUGUUAUACAUAUAUGUAUGUUUUACGUAUCUCUAUGAUAUAUGUAAUAUUUAUAAAUAUAGAGAACAUAUGUAUAACAGAUAUGUUUCUAGAACAUGUAUAAUGCAGAAAUUAUGAUAUUAUUAUGUUACAGUUA